ACUUGUGAUCAGGUCAAUGAAUGCUCCGAUCUUUCUGCCAAGUGCCAAGGAGCGAGAGAAAGAGCAGUCGUUGGUCGAGGUGGCGGGCAUCGGUGUCGCGUGGUGUGAGGAGAACGCGAAACGCGUCUCGCGGUGCGGCAUCGAUUUCCGUUCCCGACUGGCGGCACUCAGCCGUGCCCUAAUCUCUCACUCGAUCCAUCGCGACCCAAGUCGCAGCGCUCGCAUCCACCUGAAAAUCAUCUUCGUUACCAGUCAACAAGAUGAUGGGACCUGCAUCCUCAUCAUCAUCAUCGACACCGCCGCCAAUGAAUCGUGCCAACGAGGACGAGUCGCCAUCAAAGCGCAGGCGGAGGAGCGGGAUCGAGCACGAUGAGCCUAGCUUACCCUCGCCGUCUACGAGCAAUGCUGCAGCAGGCCCCUCUCGACGAAGUCCAAGACUACACAGCAGCGAAGCAGAGGCGGAAGAGUCCUCAAGAUCUGCCAUCGAUCCCAUCGAUCUCAGAGUAGCGUCCGCAGCCAACAGUGGACGGACGAUGACCCCGCGUCGCCCUAUUCGCCCCUUCAACAGCUCAUCACCUUCAAUCUCGACAGCGGGCCGGUCGCGGACUGCUCCUGGCCCAAGCAGCCGUCGCAUCGUCUCUAGCGGUGGUGAAGGGAGCUGUCAUCCGCCGAGAUCCGCAGCAGCAGCGUUGGCCCCUCGAUCGGCUAGCAGCGGCAACCCCCCCUCGGCCGGCAGCCGCAGGGUGCUUGGAGAGAUGACCUUGGCUGAUGCUGAUCGACAAGCACGAGAGAUCAGGUCGCGACACGAGCAGCAAGAGGAGAGGAGAUGGACGCACGAGCAGCAACGAGGUGUGGAGAGCUCGGGCCCUCUGACUCCAUCCUCAUCCUCUGCGCGGGCGGCCCCUCGAACCUUUUCACUUGGCAGGCGAUCCAGGCCGAGCAGUGGGCGAGGUGUGCCUACCACCACCGCAAGUCUGGUCCCCAGCAGCGAUACGCGGAAUGAUGACUCCUUUGGUUCUUCCAUAUUCGACGACUCGGUGGCCAGCACGUCCUCGAUGGCUGACACUUCGCGCGAGGACGUGCUGCCGUCGACGCCCAGGGAGGGGCAGGCAAUCUUGACUGCUGUAGCCAGGUCGGAGCAAGUCUCGCCAUCCGCGCCUCGUACGCCGUCGAGAAGGGCACGAGCACGGACUGAACGACACGCACAGGCUCAGGUGGGCGAGGCGAGCACGAGCAGUGCGAGCAAUACGAACGGCAGCCCAGCAUCAGACGAGAAUGACGAUUCGCCAGGCAGAGAGCGACGCAGGAGAAGGGAGGAGGCCGCUGCGACGAUGCGAGCAGAAGCCGAGGCGAAGCGAGACGAUGAGCAAGUAGCGGGCGAAGAAGGGGCAGAUGGGGAAGAUCACAUCCUGCUGGAGAAGGGAGAUUAUCGAGAAGUCGCAGCCGCGAGGGCUGUGCGUGCUGGCCUGGCGGGGCUGCCGAGGUAGGCGCGGGCACGAAGAGCGACGUCACUGCCCCGCUCGUUUCUAUCGCGCAAACUAUACCAUUACA